AUGCUAAAAACUGAUGAUGGCGUUGAACUUUACAAGGACGACGAAAAGGCCGAACAUCUGUCCAGGUUCUUUCAGUCGGUCUUUACGAGAGAAGUCGCUGUACCCACUGAUCACUGUAAUGUGGACAAUGUCCCGACAAUUGACUCAGUGGUUCUCACAAAACCUAUUGUUCAACAGGAAUUAAUGAAGCUAAAAGAAAGGACUUCGCCCGGUCCUGACGAAAUACCGGCAAAGUUGUUGAAGGAAUUGGCCACAGAAUUGGCAGAACCUCUGAGCGUCCUCUUCCAAGCCUCUCUUGAUGCAGGCAGACUGCCUCCUGAGUGGAAGACUGCGUGGAUUUCACCGAUUCAUAAAAAUGGCAGUCGCGCUUCCGCAAACAACUACUGAUCGGUAAGCCUCACCUCCAUAUGCUGCAAAGUUAUGGAGCGAAUAAUCAAACGCGAACUGAUGCGGUUUUUAGAGCAAAAUCAUCUUCUGUGCGAUGCACAGCACGGUUUCCGCAGAGGGAGGUCCUGCUUAACCAAUCUACUCUACUGUCUUGAACAGUGGACCCGAGCGAUUGAUGAAGGAAACGUUGUGCAUGUGGCCUACAUAGACUUCAAGAAGGCAUUUGACAGCGUGCCACACCAACGUCUCCUACACAAGCUCAGCCGCAUACGGGUAAGAGGCAAGCUUUUGAAGUGAAUUGAAAACUUUUUGGUCGGUCGGUCCCAGACUGUUCGUCUUGGUGGCCAGCACUCGGCAGAGGUGACGGUUACGAGCGGAGUACCUCAGGGCUCCGUUCUUGGCCCUAUCCUCUUCCUCAUCUAUAUUGAUGACUGUAUCCAUGGAUUGGACUGCAAGACUGCAAUGUUUGCUGACGAUAUAAAGCUUUGGACCGUCAUCCGCAACGAGGACGAUGAAGCAAAUUUACAGGCAAACUUAGGCCGACUCGAAAAAUGGUCAGGCCACUGGCUCCUCCCAUUUAAUGUUACCAAAUGCAACAUUCUGAGGAUUGGCAGAACCAGCUCUGCGCACCGGCAGACGUACUAUCUAAAUCACACACCGCUGCCACUGGUAGAGGUUCAGAAGGACCUAGGGGUGUGGAUAACAUCUUCAUUAAGCCAUCAUUCCACUGCUUGAAAGCAGCGAAAUCUGCAAUGUCCAGCUUAUAUCUCAUCAAGCGGGCAUUUGCCAAGUUCGAUGAAGAGUGCUUCCGCAAGGUCCUCGGGAUAUUUGUGCGCCCACAGUUAGAAUUUGCCAUUCAGGCCUGGAGACCCUGGACUGUUAAGGAUCGUACCACCCUCGAAAAAGUCCAACGACGGGCAACCAAGAUUGUCAAAGGUCAUAAAAACCUACCUUACGAAACCAGACUUUCAAAUCUUAACCUCUUUCCCCUGGACUACAGACAAAUCCGUGGCGACUUAAUUCAAACGUUUAGAAUGUUACGGGGUCAGGACUGCUGCCUCGCAUCCGGCGACUUCUUUGAGCUGGCCACCACUACUAGUUUGAGAGGACACCCUCUAAAACUACGUGUGACAGGAGCGAGACUGGACGCAAGAAGGUCCUUCUUCAGCCACAGAGUGGUAAAGGCAUGGAACGCCCUACCUGUGGAUGUCGUCAUGUCCUCAUCCGUGGACUCAUUUAAGAGAAAGCUUGACCAGUACAGUGAUAUGUACCUCCACAGCAUCAGAAACUAACGAACCCCCCCCUGUGCCACCCGUCCUAUCCAACUAUUUAUGUUAAAAAGCAUGCUACUCCCUAUAUUUUAGUAACAUUAUGUUUUACAAUUUUCGCUAUCUCCUGACCGCCACAGAUGCGCUUGCUUUGAUAUUACUUGGUCCAUUCAUUGCCGUACUGGAUAUUGUACAAUCUUGACACAGAAGGCAUUCACAGACAAAUUCAUACCAGUGACCAAUGCUUGUUGUAUGUAAUUACUUACCUAAUUUUUUUCACACUUGCCUUACACAUUGUUUUUUAUGACGUUAUUGUAACCAAAAGAGAGUUCAAAGGCGUUCGCCUACUUUUCACUUAAUAAAUCUGAUCUGAUCUGAUCUGAUCUGAAUUGCCUUGAUCUAGUGUUCAUCAAGUCCUCUGACAAUAUCGACGUUGUGAAUUGCCUCCCCCCGUUGGGUCAGUGUGACCAUGUAGUUCUCAUGUGCGAAUACACCUUAUUCUCCCUGCCUGCACAACCGCUUGAUUCCCGACCCAAUAUUUGGCGCGGAGAUUUCGAACAGAUGAGAAGGGAUUUUAGUUCUAUCGACUGGGCAUUCACUCUAUCUGGCGAUGUCGAAGAGGUUUGGUGUCAGUUCAAAGAGUUAGUCCACAACCUCAUCUCCAACCAUUGCCCAAUCAUGCGCAGAAGACUAACAAAUAGACCCCGCUGGCUGACUCCGUCCUCAAAGAAUGAAGUUAACCAAGAAGAGGAAGCUGUGCAAAAGAUCCCUGACUGACCGAACGCCAGAAUCCCUAAGCAGUUAUAAGUUACAGAAAAAUCGGUUCAAAAUUCUCAUCGCCAAAGAUCGGUAAUCCUCUGAAACGGAUCUUCUGAACCGUGUCUGGGUUAAUCCCAAAGUCCCCUACAGCUACAUAAGACAGAGCACGCGUAACAAAGACCCCAUCCCACUGCUGCGAACAGCCGAUGCAAUGGAAUUCUCCGAUGACAAGGAUAAGGCUGAAUACCUCUCUCAGUUCUUCCGGUCCGUCGUGACAAGUGAACCAGAUUUUUUCUCCCCCAUUUGUGAAGACGAAGAAACGCCUACCCUUGAAGCCGUAUUCUUCACCGAAGUAAUUGUUCGGAAUGAGUUACUUAUUCUGAAAGAAUCGACCUCCCCAGGCCCUGAUGCAAUCCCCGCCAAGCUGCUGAAGGAGCUUGCUCCCGAAAUGUCCAAUCCAUGA